GUGAGGGGUUGAGGGGUUUUUAUUUGAAGUUUUCUUGACUUAUACACUCUGGCCCAGCAAGAGAUGCAACAUAACAUGCAAGGUGAAAUGUACAGAAAUGAGAAGUGCAAUACAGAAAAAAAGGUCUCAUGUUCCUCACAUCUACUGAAACAAGAAAAACUAAACAGGCAUAUGCUUUUAACUGCUAUCAGAUGUUGACCUUCAUGAUAUUUAGAUGAGCAUCAAUAUUCCACAAGCUAACAACACAAUAUUUACAAUAUUCAGUUAGCAUGUUCCUAACUGUGACAUCACUGUCGGCAUCUAAAUCUAUUUAUUUGCAAACGUACACGGUAGACUAUGUAUUUUAUUUUAAUUUAUUUACUUAUUUUUGUUUUAUUUAUUUUAUUAUGACGCUGCGGACUAUAAUUUUUACGUUUUUCCUGCUUCGAAAUUUUGCUCACUGGCGUGACGGUCAGCACUACAUAUCCCAUCGUUCCCUGCUAUUGUUUAUCAGGAAUGGAGGCGCUGUGACCAGCACCACAGUUUCCACCUGGCGAGAGGGCGCCUUCCUACGGAAAUACAAAUUUUCUGAUCGAAAGCUUGGUCUUUGUUUUUAUUUUAAAACGAACCCUGGACUCGGGUAAAACCACGCACGGGACAAAAAGAGUGCCCGGUGCCAUGAAAUGGAGAGUCCGCGGACCCGACCGUCCUUGUAUGGAGACAUCGCUCAUGGUCUGGGCUUCUGGACGGACCGGUCGGCGGUCCAUGAGGCGGCUGCACAAGGACGAACAAUUCAGCUGCAGCAGCUGAUUGAUGGGGGUGCAGCGGUGAACAUCCUGGCCAUGGACUCCAUCACCCCACUGCACGAGGCGUGCAUUCAGGGACAUACUCAGUGUGCAAGACUGCUGCUGGCUGCUGGAGCUCAAGUCGAUGCUCGCAACAUUGAUGGCAGCACUCCACUGUGUGACGCGUGUGCCGCUGGCAGCUUUGAAUGUGUCAAGCUGCUGCUUGAGUACGGAGCGACAGUCAACCCGCCAUUGUUCACCUUCUCGCCGCUACAUGAGGCCUGCAUGGGAGGUAACUCGAGAUGUGUCCAACUCAUGAUUGACAGCGGAGCCUUCAUGGAGGCUCACGACUGUCACUACGGUACACCGCUCCACGUCGCCUGCGCCAGGCAGCAUUUGGACUGCGCCAAAGUUCUCCUCAAUGCAGGAGCAAACGUCAACGCUGCCAAGCUGCACGAGACGGCUCUUCAUCACGCUGCCAAAACCAAAAACAUCGACUUGAUCGAGCUGUUGGUGGAAUUUGGGGGAAAUGUGUACGCAAGGGACAACCUGAACAAAAAACCGAUCCACUACACCAGUCUAGGAUCCCCGUCCUAUCUCUGUUUUCAGUUCUAUGAAAGUACGCCCCUCAGUUUACAACAGAUCAGCAGAGUGGCGGUGAGACAGACUCUUGGCACGAGAGCACUUCACGUUAUUUCCAAGUUGGAAUUGCCGAAUUUGAUUGUGAGGUUUCUUUCUUACAAACCUCCUCUUGUUAUUGACUUUUAAAGACUUUGCCAUGGCAGUAAUGAACUCUGUGUUUCUGUCAGUGCUCUCAUCCGGAGCACCUUCAAAUGUAGGAGUUUGAGCCUGGAAGCUAGUUACAGAGAUGACAGCUUGCUGCAAGCCAUUGCAGACUUGACCCCUAUUUAUUUAAAAUGUAAAUAGCACAGACCUCCGGUGGACCGCAUUCAUCAAGGCAGGAAGUGACGGAACAAUUAGUUUUAUUUAUGCAAGGUGACUUUGUAAUGUAUUUUUUAAUUUCCUCGAAAAACAGUUCUGCUUUUCAUUUGGUGCACUUUUGCAACUCUGUGUCAAUAUAUAGAACAACUGUGUUGUAUGAUUAAAGCCACAAC